UACUUGUUGUGGUUUGUUUGUUGCUUCUUUGACAACAAUGAGGUCUCCAUGUUGUGGUGACAGUAACCUAAAGAAAGGUCCAUGGACACCUGAGGAGGAUCAAAAGCUGGUUGAGUACAUCAACAGAAAUGGCCAUGAGAAUUGGAAAUCAAUCCCAAAACAAGCAGGAUUGAAUAGGUGUGGCAAGAGUUGCAGACUCAGAUGGAUAAACUAUUUGAGGUCUGACAUCAAGAGAGGACAUUUUACGGAGGACGAAGAGCGAGUUAUCAUCAAACUCCAUUCAGUUCUUGGAAACAAGUGGUCAAGAAUUGCAAGUCAUCUACCAGGGAGGACAGAUAAUGAAAUAAAGAAUUUCUGGAACACCCAAAUCAAGAAGAAACUACUUCAAAUGGGGAUUGAUCCAAACACCCACAAACCCAGAACAGAUAUCAAUCAUCUCCUUAAUCUCUCUCAACUCCUUUCUGCGGCGCAAUUCUCCAAUCCAAUGAGCAUUAUUCCAUGGGAGAGCAAUGAUCAACUAGCUCAAAUUCAGUUAUUGCAAAAUCUAUUGCAGCUUAUGAACCCUUCAACCUCACUUCUUUCAUCAGGACCUCAAAACCCUAACCUUCUCAACAUGAUUGCUUCCUCAAUUAGUACUUCUCAUGAGGGUUUGCUUAAUAACCCAAUUAGUGUAACACCUCAGGCUGUGCCUAAUGAGUCACAAUUUGAUAUUGGGGAAUAUUUUGAAGGUGGGUCUGGCCUAAAUGACCUUGAAACCAACCAUAAAAGCUUUGGGAGUACUUCCUUUGAUGUUAAAGCAGAAAACAAUAGAAUUCCUGCCUUGGUUGAAGCCUCUCCUGUGGAAAACAAGAGCAGCAGCACACCAACAUCUCACCUCUCCGCCGCCGCCUCGCCUGCUGAUAAUGAUUUCUUUGAUGGUUGGGAGAAAUUCUUGGAUGAUGGGGAUGUAACCAAUGACUCCUAUUGGAGAGAGAUUCUAGACUUGGCAUCAUCAUCUCAAUCGCCUCUCUUGUGCUAGAAGAACAACACCUAGUUAUGUGGAUUAUAAAUUCAUUAAUUGGAGAUUACAUGUAAUUUAUUUUUUUUCAUUUUUUUUAGUUCAAAGAUAUAGAGACAUAAACAUAUUUAUUUGGUCAUCAUUGAAUAAGUUUACAACAUGUAUACCUUAAAAUUCAUUUCAACAUUUCCCAUGAGAAAGUGUUUCUUGUAUUGAUGAAUAACAAUUUCUUGUUUAUUUAUUUGAUUCAUAUGGAACAUAAUUUAUAUCUUA